AUGCCCUGUCCCGAAAGCACUUGUUCAACGGAGCCGUACAAUCUGGACCACACCACGGCAUAUCUGCAGAACCCGAAUGCCAUCAUGGGCAUGUAUGGCGCAAAUUUUCAAUGGAACCAGGCCAGCCAAAGAAUUCCACUGAACAGGCCCUCUACAUACCUGGAGGACCAGAACAGUCAAGCCUCCUACACUCUUGCGGGAUUACCUGUGCUGCAGACCUCCAAUCUGCCGCCGAACACCACUGCAGAGGCAAUGUCUCCGCUUAAUAUGACGUCGAUACAAUCUGCCCUUCCAUUAUCAUUACCAAUGAGGCCACAUAACCAAGCUGCCGCUCCUCGGAGGCAACUUCCGAUUCCUCAGCCGUCGCCUGCUCGUAGGGCAAGAAACGCGGUGGAUAUCCUGCAAGAUCAGAGGCUUCGUUCUGUACAAACCAUCCCUGGAAUUCAAAUGCAUUCAUUUGCAAGGCCAGCACUCACUUGGAGCUCCGACUCUUCCGGUUCCGAUGCUCAAAGCACACCUUCCUCCGAAGCAUCAUCAAACAAUAUCGUGGCGCAUAGCGCGACUACAAGAGACAUAAACGACACCAUCGCAUAUAGCGGUAUUACCGCAUCGACAAAGCGAGAGUCCGUCAGUUCGAACACGCAGCAGCAGCUCAGCUUCAGUACUUCGCCCCUCCUUGAAACAAUGCCCACUGUAGCUGGAACAACGACAUACUCCAAUUUCCGGAACUACACACUGCCAACCUCCUCGUCUACAGAUACACUCGCCGUAUUAGCCCGCCCGAACUCUCUGUCCAACAUGUACAGUUUCAGUACGGACAGCUCAGAGAAGCAAACGCCGCUGAGGAGAUCAUCCAACGAAGGCGCCCUUAUAAGCGGCCAGCAAUACACGCCUCUUCAACCGUCGCCGGAUGGUACACAUUUGGUGGAACUGAAAUCCCAGCCACCUUCAAUCAAUCCGUCCUCUAUGCCUACUUUGAAUCGCAGUUUCUAA